AUGGAUUUAUUCAGUAUUCUAGACGGCACACCCGAGCCGCCAAUCGUUGAUCUUCAUUUGGAUAGUAUCAACAACUCCGGCGAUUACAACUUACCGACACCCAUGUUCGAAUUUCAGAAAGAACUCACUGACCAGAUUGUCUCGUUGCACUAUUCGGACAUCUUAAAGUACUGUGAAACCAACGACACCACCGACCUCAUUAUCAAAUCGCUAGAGAUAUGCGUGGAUAACUGCAUGCUCGUUGCUACACAUCCAUAUUUGCUUAUCCAGCAUUACAUGCCAAAGAACUUAGCGCUUCGAGACAUUUCUGCCAAGUUGGCAGAAACAAGCGGGAAGUUCAAUGUUCUCAAGGACUUGGUCAAUGUGAUUCUUCUGAAUAACGUUCUGAAUGCUACAAAAAAUAUUGGAAUCGUCAUGAAAAAUGACUUGAAGGUAUUCGACUUGACUGAAGCUCUCUUACUGGGUUGUACCGGACAAAAGACCAUCCAAAGAUAUGUGGGAAAUAACAUCAAGAAGGAGACCGGAAGAAGCAGCAAAACCAAGGAUCCCAAAGCAGCUAUCAUUCACCUAAUUUCACAUGAUGGAGUUCUAAACAAGCAUGAGGAAGAGUUGAAGAAUGUAAAGUUCGACUUGGUAAUUGCUAUGGAUGGAUAUGUAGACACUAACUCCGAUUUCUUCCUCAACUUGAGACUGCAAAACAGAAGAGGUGACGCCGCGGUGUUGGUUCGCUUAAUUCCAAUCAACACCAUCGAGCACUGCUUACUCCACUACGAGGGAUUGAAAAAAGAUACUACAUACUUAUACAAGUUGAUCUCGUCCAUUGUCUGUUUGAGGGACCAAAUCGGCAACUUACCGCCAGAUCUAUUUCCAAUCUACAACCAGAAUUUGACCUAUUUGUCACACACGUUCUUCGACCAUGUUUUUCGUCGGGAUCUCAGGUCUUUCCCAUCUUGGCCAUUGCCUGAGCUAGUGAGCAUUCCGAAGUUCUCCGCCACAGAUGUGGAAAGAUCGUUGUUGACAGAAGUUGUAUAUCAUUACACUCCUUAUGACUCCAACGAGAAUUCCGUGGAGAUUUCGACUAAGAAGAAAUCCUAUUACGAGUCAAGACGUUUACAGCUGGACUACGUGACCAAUCCUCUCAAGAAUGACUAUAAUACGCUAAGUGGUAUUCAAAGUCAUUAUGGUAUCAGCGAGAAGCCCAUGAAGGACCACACAAUAUUGACACACAAGCUUAUCCUCGAACUUAACUCGACUUACCUAAAUUUAUCUUUAGUGGAGGAGGAGUACAAUGCAUACGUUGAUUUCAACAAAGACGAAAGACAGAGGAAAUUUGGAAGACGAGUUGAUGAAAUUAAAUUGUCGCUUACAAAGAUCUUGGAUGAUGUAGAUCAUGCACAACAUCGAAUUGACGUGGCAGAGAAGAAGUCUCUAAAACGAAGCCAAGAGAUUGACGAAUUGAAAGCUAAGUUACAAGAAAACAAAGACAAGCUAUUGAGUUUUUCUGAGUCUCACAAGAUAGAUGAAUCCUCACUCAAGGGUAAAUUUGUGACCAAUCAAAUCAAGAUUUGGGAGUUGCAGAAAGAGGUCAAGGAUUUGGUCGAGAAGCUCCAUUCCAAGGGAGAGGAGAGGAGUUACACAAGUAAGGAAGUGAGUCAUUGCGAUGAGUCGAUUGCCACGUCAAAGGAGCAAGUUACACAACUCAAUGAACAAGUUGAGAGCCUUAAGCGAAAGAUUGAGGAAGCUACAAGUCUCAACGAGGAAGAAGAGGAUAAGUUCAAGAAACAGAGGACGGCUUUGAAGGAAACUAUAAGUAGUGCCACAAAGGAAAAUGUUGCUUUGAGGGCUAAGUUGUUGAAGUCUUUGAAGUUCUUGAAGGAAACAUCUCAUCUCAAGAAGAGGAAAGGCAGAGACUUGACGCCGAGUACCCGUUAA